AUGAAAUACGCGAUCUGCUACUUCAUCCUGCUCUGCUUGUGCUCGCCGUUCCCCGCCCUGGCCAAACGUGGAGGCGGAAGCUUUGGACGUGGCGGAAGUGGAGCGCGCACGAACCCGUCGAGCAACUCCAACAACCACUAUCACGGCGGCGCCGCGUCUCCAGCAGCCGCUCCCGCUCGCCCUGCCCACUACUCCAACAACGGCUACAACCCGAACAACGGCUUCAAUCCCAAUAACGGCUACAACCCGAAGUUUCACCUGCCAGUUGGCGGGAUCAAGCAGGGCGGUUACGGCAAAGUGCAUCAGCCGGAUUUGAAACCGAAGAAGUCGCACACGUUGAAGAACGCAAUAAUUGGCGGUGCUGUUGGCGGAGCUGUCGGCGCCGUCGCGGGCGGAUUGAUCUUCGAGGCCGGAAAAGCGUAUAUCGGCUCCCGAAGCGCACCCGCUGGCACUUUCGACGACCGCAACUACUAUUGGGGCCGCGAGUACUCUCCUCUUUCCGCGGGCCAAAUUGAGUGCACCAUGCCUGUUGAAAAAUUCUUGGAAGGACGGCUGGGACCGAACCAGACGCUACCAUUGUUCAAGGAUGGUGACGCGCCGAAAGAAGUCGUUUGGGCAUGUAGCUCGUACGAGCGUUGCUGCGAAACGAAGUGCUGCGAUCGACUGCGUACGGUCUAUGUACGGGAUCGACCAGCCGUCCACCCGUCAUCGCCAGAUACUGCGAGGAUCGUCGCCGUCAUCAUCGUAUUCGUUCUGCUCGCCUGCUGCUGUCUUUGGUGCUGUCGCCGGAGCUCCAAGGAUAAUUCUCAGAAUACGACAAUGGAAGACGAUAUCGACAUUCACGCUCCGCCGCCGGCGUACACGCAGCAGGAAACUUGCAAGCCAGUCUACUACCCGACUGCUGGCUACCAGCCUCUCUACCCUAACCAAUAUCCGCCGAAUCCCACCUAC